CCUCGCCGCGGGAGCGCGCGCGCGCUGCUUGGGAGCCUCUUCCUCCCGCUCGGGCCUCGUCCCGCCCCGCUCCGGGAAUGGGCCGGCCGAGGCGAGGCUUGGCCAAGAAGGCGCCGCCCCCCUCAGGCGGCGGCGGCGGCGGAGGAGGCGGCGCUUCCCCUUCUCCGCCUUCUCCCCCUCCGCCGUUACCUCAGGAAGGCAGGCGGCAGCAGCGGGGCCUGAGCGGAGCCGGCGAGCCCGAGCGCAGCAGCCCCAGCCGAGCCCACGCCGAGAAGGGACCGGCCGCCGCCGCCGCCGCCGCCCGCGGCCUCCAGCAGCCUCUGGGCAGGCAGCUCCCCGGCGGGGCCUCGAGCGCCAUGAAGCGGGGGGGCGGCGGCAGGAGGGCGGCCAAGAACGGCAGCCCCCGCCCGGAGGAGCAGCGCGAGCGCCUGGCCCGGGGGAUCCGCGAGUGCCAGGACUGGCUGCGCGGUGAGAGGCGGGAUCGGGGCCCGGCCCUUCCCAGCGGGCUUACUCGGGAGCAAGCCAGCCCACAACGGGGCUUCUCCCCCCGAGAAGUGAUGUGGCGGAGGCGGAAUUCGCUUCCGUGUGAACGCGAACCCUUCCUCGGAUUGAACGGGAGUUCUUCUUUGGGGUGGGGGGAGGGGUUCGCUUGCAAUAUUUGGUUUCCGCCCCCCCUUAAAAAAAAAAACUUUUAAAAAAAAAUUAAUGUUAUCCAAACGUGUAACAAAAUGCGGCUUUUUUUGGGGAAAUUUCUAUCUAUCCUCAGAAAUAAGGUUGGCAGAAAGGAAGUCAGCGAGUCGUCAGGAUAGUUAGAAAUAGAUGGAUGGACAGGCGAUCGUCAAACCCCCCUUUGACGAGAAGUCGCUUCACUUGCCCUUUUGGAUGUUUUCAAUUGUAUAUUGGUCUUUAUUGCAUUUUGCGUGCCUUGAGCCACUUUGUUGCAGGUUGAUGAAAGAGCGGGUUAUUUUUUUUUUUCAUAUAUAUAUCUAUAUAUAUUUCGCGGGUAGGGCUUGAAUGGGAAUGGAAAGGAUGCAACCCGCUGCUGAAUUCUUGGAAGGGGUGAAAAUGGGAAAGGGCUUAGAUACUGAUGGGACCGAGAAUUUAUGAGUAAGAAGGCAGAGGACAUCACCCUGACUUCAACUAGGGAUGCUGCUCUCUAAAUCACCCUUUCGCUAGGACGAUAAAUUGUUCCUUUAAAUCAAGACACCCAAUAAAACCUCUAUGGCUCUUUCAUUUCUUCAGUUUGCUUCUCUGAUACUUGGAAGGUUGGCAACCUAAUGAAAAUCCUUGUGAUCAAUUUCAGUGGUGUUGGGUUUACAUUUAUAAAGCUUAAGCAAAGGGUUGUGAGGGUUCUUUUUUUUGGGGGGGGGAUAAGUUAGGCUUUUGUUUUCCAUGUUCCUGUGAUUUUUAAAAGUGCUGAAAUCAUAAAGAGACGUACCUUUUUCUCUGUAGAUUAUGUUCUAUCAAGCUGUCUCCUAAAUUGUGAUGUAAGCAAAACAUGGUGGGGUUUGUCAGCUUUCCUUAACAGUGCAGAAUGUGAUUUUUAUCUCCUUAGGCAACAUAGUAUAUUUUGCUGGAUUACUACAGUAUUGUUUAAGGACUGUGCAUACUUGUCCUUUCCUCAGGAAACAUGCUAUAUAAUACAGUGCAUAAGACUGCAAUCCCAUGUGUUUUCUUAAGAGUAUACCCCACUAACCUCACUGGGACUUGCUUAGGAGGAAACAUGCAUAGGAUUGGUCUUCACAUGCAAUAAGCUAUUACCUAAAGAACUUUUAAGGCUUUUAAUUUAACCAAUAGUAUGAAUUUAAAGUAAUGAUCUGCAUUUGUUUGAAUUGGGAACUUAGAUCUGCAUUUAGUCCAAGUAUUAAUAAUCAUGCAGAAACUAAAUAAAAUGUUAUUCAGGUUCGUUUGGACUAUACCUGCUCUAACUCAGUAUUGAUACUUGCUAUUGUUGGUGGUAGUGGUGUAAAGUCCUGGAUUCAAAUAAAAGCAAAAAAUGCAAAAAGUGCACAUAAAAGAACUUUGUAAAAGUCAUCUCUUUUUGCCCAGAGCAAAUUUGUGAACUUCUGUAAGUUGAAAUACAACUUUUAAAGAAAUAACUUUGUGCAAUUAGAAAGUCUAAUGAAAUUAUUUUGUUUUUUAACACAGCUUAUCUGAAUGAAACAGGAAUCUUCAUCGCAAGAGCAGAUAGCAAGAUAUGGAUUACCCUUAUAAUGGGUAGGAAGAAAUAUAUGUUUAAAAUUGUAGUUUUUUAACAAUGCAGUCCUCCAUUUCUACUCAGAGGUAACUCUUACUGAGUUCAGUUGGAGUUACUUCUAGGUAAGUGUAUACAGGAUUGCAAGCUAAGUCUCAGCUGUUGAUAUGCUUUUGAUUCUAAUAAGGGCAGAGGGUUGUAUCCAGUUGUGUGCCUCUGGUGUUGGCAGGCCCUUUGAUCCAGUAGAGGUUGCUGUGAGCUAGUGUAGAGAAAAUGAUUUUUUUCUGCAGUCACCUAGCAUGCUUUUCUAAAGGGUCCCCAACCCUCUGGAGUAGAUCUUGGGAGAGUACAGGAGGCAGCAUAAGGAAGUGAGGGUCACUGAAAAUUGCACACAAACCUACCUUUUGAUAAUGGAAACUUCACUGGAUUGAGGAGGGUUCUGGCAGCGGAGGGACACAAUUAGAUAGAGGCCAAUGUUACUAGAUUACUUCAGUGCAUUAAGUAUGAUAUUGUCACUGUUUGAGUACUGUAGAUGAAACUUAAGUUCAUUUAACUUCAUUCUUAGAGUUGACCUCACAUUUUCAGACAUCUAGUGACCAAAUACGUGAGGUUUUCACAAUUCCAAUGACAAGGGCCCUAAUUUUAAAGUAAGAUGCCAUAGACUUCAUGUACUGGUGAUUCAAUCUACUGUUUUCUGAUUUGUUCAUACUACGUAGCAGAGGUUACACUGAUAGUUUAAGUGUGCAUGUCUUUGUGCUUCUAGUGUAAUGAAAUUGCUCUCUGGACAUAGUAUCAUGAUUCUACCUUCUGGGGAACCAGUAUUCAAAUAGUUUGACUUCAGUCUUUGUUGGUCCGGGUCAUGCUCUCAUUUGUACAGUUAUAUAUCUAAAAUAGGGACGCGGGUGGCGCUGUGGGUAAAACCUCAGCGCCUAGGACUUGCCGAUCGCAUGGUCGGCGGUUCGAAUCCCCGCGGUGGGGUGCGCUCCCGUCGUUCGGUCCCAGCGCCUGCCAACCUAGCAGUUCGAAAGCACCCCCGGGUGCAAGUAGAUAAAUAGGUACCGCUUAAUAGCGGGAAGGUAAACGGCGUUUCCGUGUGCUGCGCUGGCUCGCCAGAUGCAGCUUGUCACGCUGGCCACGUGAUCCGGAAGUGUCUGCGGACAGCGCUGUCUCCCGGCCUCUAGAGUGAGAUGAGCGCACAACCCUAGAGUCUGUCAAGACUGGCCCGUACGGGCAGGGGUACCUUUACCUUUAUAUAUAAAAUACAUUUAAAAUAAGAAAGAGUAAUAUUCUGGGUCCCUAUUGCUGUCCCUGAGAACUAGGUGUAACUUUUUAAAGAUUUUUAAAACAGGAGGUUGAAGUAACUUACCUUUUUGUGAUUUGUUUUAAACAGCUGCCGUUGCUGGAAUUCUUCACUGGUAAGUUUAUCUCUGUUACAAGGUCUCAGCAGGCAUGUGUGUCUCAUCAAGGUCCACCUAAAAUUGUGAUCUUGUUAUAUUAUUAAUGCCUUAGGCAAUAGUUCCUAUAUUUGAGUUUUCUUGUCUCUCUCCUUUUAUAUGGACAAACAAUCAGAGCUUCAGUCUCUCAUUCUUUUUUACCCAACCUUUUUAGUUUACCCACACAUCUUCAUGCAUGCACCUUUCCCUGCUAUAUUUUUCUCUUUGGGGGAUGGUUUAUUUCCCAGGUCCAGGAAGCUAGACCCUUUCCUGAUGAACUGCCAUGGGCUAUAUCCAGAGUUUGAAAUUCGCCAGGCGCAUUUGGCACCUGGCUAUUAGCCACUUGUGGGCUGAUAUCUGGGCACCAGGAUGGCACCUGAUGUCUCCAUCAUCUGGAGGUGCAUGCCUGGGGAUCCUUGGAUCUUGUUUGCCUUCACACACUAGCAAUUCACACACUGUAGAAUUCAAUCUGUGAUAUUUUAUCUGCACAAUCAGAAUAAAUUUCAGGAACUAAAAAGUUGUAUUGUAAAAUACGACUUUUGAGCCAUCUGGCCCUGUUUUGACAACUGUCAUCCUGGUUUAAGGAACCAUGUGGUUCUGCUUAGGGAAGUCUGCUUCUCUGCAUCCUGCAUAGAAACAGAGUGGGCUGGGGGAUGACAGCUGUAUUGCCCUGUUCCUCAUCUGCUAUUCUCUCUGUGUAGGCUAACAAAAAAAAGUACACCAUUUAUUUUUGUGAUCUCAUUUACAAGGCUGUUGUAAUUUAAUACUAGUUCCUUUAAGCUGCAGAUUUAUUUCUGAGUUUUGUUGUUUUUUGUUUCUUUAGGUGCCAUAUAACAGCUCUCUUUGAAAAUGACCGCCACUUUUCUCAUCUUUCAACCCUGGAAAGGGAAAUGGCUUUUCGAACUGAAAUGGUUAGAGCUUCUGUACUUUAAGUGACACUGCUAUUUUUAAAGCUGUUACCCAAAAUGUGUUUUUCAGCCAGCCAUGGAUACUUACCAGUUCUGUAAUAGUGGUUUAAAAUAGUAUACAUUCUUGCCUGUGAUUUAUUUUUAAAAAAUGAAACAGCCAUGAAAGUGGAUUUCUGAAUCAAAUGGGUAUUGCAAAUAUUGGUAUGAUAAGCUAUUAAUAAAAUAAGAUUUUAAUUUUUGUUCUUUCAUUCUCUCAAAUUACCUAGAAUGAUUAUAUUUAUAUUUAGUCGUGUUUAUUCAACAUUUCUGCUCUUCUACUUUUUGAAAGCAAACACUGCUUACAAAUUAUUUUUGGCUGAGUUUGGACAUCACACUAAACUGUGGCAGCAAUGAGUGUAGCCUCCCUUUAGGUUCGUUCACUCCCCACUCCCACCCUGUUCUCUAGCAUGUCUGAGAAGAUUGGAAGCUUCCGCUUCUGUGUUUUUAACUGCAGCUUUUCACUUCACUGUCCCAACAAACUUUAGUAAAUUCUAUCUAUGUUUUUUUUUAAAAUAAGCCAACUUUAAUUGCAGUUUUUAGCUACAAAUAUUGAAAUAAACCAACUUCAAACUGCAUUUUUUGAAGCUGCUGUGUUUCAGUGAACCUUGUUUGUUUGUUUGUUUUUUUGUUUGUUUGUUUGUCACUAACUGCAAAAAUAGUCUUAAAGCAUCUUACAAGUUUUUAAGAAAACAUACAGUACGAAUCACUGUUGUAUUAACAAGCAGUGCCCAUCCUUCAAGAAUAGAAGAAGGGCACAUCCUAGGUGUGGUUUUAAAAAGGUUAAGUAGAUUCAUUAGUACUUAAAUUAAUAGCUGUAAUUUAUUGACUUCUGUUGCUGUAAGAGAAGAAUACAAUGUGAAGGUUCCUGCUAAUUAAUUUCAUCUUAAUAUAUAUAUAUUCUCUUUAGGGUCUUUAUUAUUCUUAUUUCAAGACCAUCACUGAGGCACCAUCCUUUCUGAAUGGAGUCUGGACGAUUAUGAAUGACAAGCUAACUGAGUAUCCUCUUGUAAUCAACACAUUGAAACGAUUUAAUGUCUAUCCAGAGGUAAGGCACUUCUUACAUUUUGGCUUUAAUUCCAUUAUGUGGUUGUAUGCAUAAAUCCUGGAGCUCACAUUUUGAUGUCAAGGCGUAGGUAAAACUCUACAAAACUCCUUGCCAGUUGUAGGAGGGAGAUAAAUACACUGUGGUUAUUUUAGUGCCAGAUGCGUAUCCAGUGCAACAGCUGGUUCAACCCUUAACAUAAAACCUGGAGAAGGCUGUAUGAGUAUGCUUUGUGGUACAAGAUUAUUGGCUCUGUAGUUUGAGCUUUCAUCUCAUAAACAAUGUUGUAAGAGGUCAAAUGUAGUAUCUUGGAAGAAAAAACAUCUUAAACUAGACAGAUAUUUCUGAAUAGCAACAGAUAAGCUUUUAAUCAUCAGGAUAAUCUGAGUCAAAAAAUUCUUUUGAAAUUCUAAAUCCUAUUUUCUGCACAGGUUGUUGUAGGCUUUUGGUACCGAUUAUACACAGAAACGAUGAAUGUGAUGGGUAUUCCGACAAAGAAAUGUUGGACAGUGAAUAGAGGAGAAGACCUCAGUCCUGUUGAGAGCUGUGAAGGCAAGUGUUGCUUGGUCUUUGUUCAUUAUUGGAUGUUUUGCAUGAUGGCAUAUGAAACACCAGGGGAAGGUUUACAAAGCCUCCUUUGUGUAGGCAAAGAAAAACUGAGGUGUUUGCUACAUCUGUGGACUGAUGAAAGAUUUUAGCUUGCAAUAAAUAAUUUGCUAAAUUACAAAAAUAAAUUGCAGUAAACAAUUUACUAUAUUACAAAGAAUCUUCAAGUGGCUUUUUAAAGAUACUGAAGGGCAUGUGUGCUUUUUCAGGUUUUGUAAACUUGUUAGAUGAAAACGCCAUCUUUAGUUUUUCUGUCAGUUUGGAAACCUUCAACCUUAACCACACAUUGUGUCUUAGAUGUUCUCUAUUUCACCAAGAAACAGGGAGUAUGUGGGCAAAUUCACCCCGGUCAUCAGUAUGACUGAUGAAGCAUAAACAUUCAUCUCAAAAUAAUAAGGAUGGCACCAGUAUCUCAGCAACAGACUGAAAGUUAGGAUAGCUAGGAGGGUAGGAGAAAGAUUAGUAGCUGGUUGCUAUAUUUCUGUAAAUUCAUGGACCUUUCUCCUGCUCCUUACUCAGUCUUAACUGCUGUUAAGAUGGCAGGAAGUACUGCAUUUGCGGUGAUUGGAUACUUCCAAUUAGCAGCCACAACACUCGUACAUUUGAUUCCUUGCAAUAAUGCUUCUGGAUCUCAAUCUGUUUUCUUUUUAUAUCAGGCUGGAAAUUUGCAAUCUCCUAGAUGGAAAUAACAAAAUGUACAGUCUUAUGGAUUUGUUUUCACAAAUUAGGUGUGCAUCAUGCCUAACUGUUACACAGUUGCAUCCUUUUUGUUGGCCUUGUAUUGUUUUACAACUGCAGUCAUAAAAAGUUAUAGAUACAUGCAUAUUGACAAAUAUCUCUUGCAACUAAUGACAGUGGAGAAAAUUGUCUCAGUUCCUGGGCUUAAUUUAUGACAGCAGACAUUUUUUGUUUCAACUUUUAAAUGCCUGCUGACUUUUCUUUUCUGCCAGGUCUGUGCAGGCAAUUAGGAAUAUAUCUUUCCACAACAGUUAAUUGAUGUCUGAUUUUAACUUUGUGCAUAGUUUUUAUUUUAUGGUUUUAUGUCUAGUUGUAAACUGCUUUUAUUCUUUCAAAUGAAUUAGUCAUAUAUAAACAUUUUUAUAAAUACAUAAAUAUUCUUUAUCAGCAUGUUGAGUUGAAGACCAAAAAUAGACAAAAACAGGGGAAAAUUAAAGUCAGUUCAUAAUUUAUUCUUAUUAGCUGAUGUGAGAGUGAAUUAUCUAAAUAUUUUUUGCUCUUUGCUCCUCUAUUCUUCCAUACUGCAGAAGAUGUUCAUACUAGAGCUUCUGAUGUUCCAGCUGAGGUGGUCCCUCCUUCCCCCAACUGCCAUCACAAAGAUCUUCUUUUUCUGAGGGGAGAACAGAUUUGGCUUUCUGAAAUGCUUUUUUCCUUGUAGCUUGUCUUUGCUGUUGCAUUAUAUAGUUUUAAUAAUACUUGUUUGUUCUGUAGGGUUGGGAGAUCCUGCUUCUUUUUAUGUGGCUAUGAUAUUUCUUCUGAAUGGAUUAAUGGUGUCAAUAUUCUUCCUAUAUGGCACAUACCUAAGGUAAGGUGCACAAGAAGAAAAGCUGAUACAUUGAAAGUUACUAUCACUUUUUGUAUUUUUAAAUAUACAGCACACUGCAUUUUAUGUGGAGUCCUGCACACUAAGAGCCAAAUGAUGUAAUUGAGCUUUAAGAUGUUUGUUCUAAUCUUAUCUCCCCCUUUCUUUUAAAUCUCCCUUUUUAUGAGACUGAAACAAAAAAUUUACUUUCUUGAAAUCUGGACUAAAUCUUUGUAGCUUGCUGUUUGAAAAAUAUACCAAAGGAAAUGUGGCAGGAUAAUAGAACAAGAACAGAUUUUGUAGUGUUAGGGAAUAUUUAUUCUGCCUCUAAAUGUAGUUCAGUCUGUAUUGCAUUCUUAAUUUAGGCUGUUUGACCCUGCCCUGCAAACCUAAUUAUAUCUGAACUCAAGUUAACAUACAUAUACUGCUGGAUGUGGUCCAAAGUUGUGUUAAUGUGAAGGCACAAGGUUACUGGAGUACCAUUCGGCACCUUAAGUAUAGUUCUGAAGUAUUGAUUUUGAAUAGCUUCAAUCCUUUGUAGGAAGUGUGCCAGUUUAUUAACAUUGGCAAAACUCCAAAAGCUGGUCACAAGAUAUAAAUGUGCUUAUUUAUGUUACAUUGAAAAGCUAUGUCAGAAGCAACACUUAUACAUGCCAAGGGUAUGCUUGGGAUCACAAUGGUGAUACAAUCUUAGAAUGUAGCCUUCAGAGACUGUUGCUUCUGAAUCGUGAGUCAGGAUGCUGUCAUGUCACCAAAAGUUGAGUUCUUUCCUUUCCUUUUUACUUUGUAAAUUUGGACUUUUACUAACAGAAUAUCAGUUCUUGGUUGAAUUUAAGGGAAGCUAGUACUGUACUUAAUUUUUCAGCUAAACAUUUAUGCUAGGAUUCCAAAGGCACUGCUCUAUUUCACUGGAAUUCAGAGUUGGAUAUCACAGUAACUACGGGUUCAUUUCUCUUUGUUCUUUGAUUUCUAGGCAUGGGUCUAAGAGAUUUUUCUUUUGUCCCACCACUUUCCUCGGGAAAACCCGUUGUUUAUUGCUGAAUUAGAACAAAUGUCAAUUGGCAUGUAACAGAAGUGAACAUCUUCCCAGAGUAGGGGUGCAUAAAAAGUAGCAACUUCCAUUUCCUGGGUAUAUGUCUAAAGCUACAUUUAGCUUCUAACAGUUUGCAGUUUAAACAAUUCCAUUUGCUUGUAUUUGUGUAAUUGAUUGCAAUUGACUAGAUGCUUCAGGCAUAUGUGAAAGCUUGAGUAGCUGCAGUGGUUAAAUAGUUUCAAAACAUGAAUAAUCGCUGAUAGAAUUUAUAAAGUGUAGCUUAAAUUUCAGAAUUUCAAUUGAAUAGCAGCUUUUCUCAUAAAAGUCAUUUGCAGUGGAAACCAGUGGCCAUGGAGAAUAACAGUAGCAGAUGUGGGUCAGGAACCAAAGUGAUUUUUUUGCAUGCAUGUGCGGGCUUUUCAUUUCCACCAAUUCUGGCAGCAGGCCCCAAUAUUCUUCCUACCAUGAAACAUGAAAAGCUGCUGCCAGAAGGAAAAAGCUCUAUGGGUCGCAGUGCAUUUCUAUGCAAUAAUCUGUAGCAGUGUAUUAUGUUGAUGGUUUCAUUUGUGUGCUUUUUUACACUUUAUUGGUCACUUGUUUAAAAAUGUGAGCAGCUUUAAGGUUUUUUGUUUGUUUUGCUGAGAGAAUGGAAAGUCUGUGAAAUCAGGAGUAAAUUGUGCCCUCUGUGGAUCUUUGUGUGCUUUGUUGACACUGGUAACAGAAUAGUUUACAGAGAUGAGCUGCUCCAUAUUUCCUCUUUAGUAUAUGCAAAAUAAAGCCAAAAUGGAGAAGGGGAAGUUUCACACUAAAGCUUUUGUGGGCUGUUACGGAAACUCCCCUUCUGGCAAUUUUUGGUGUGUACUUGUGCAAAUAAGGACAGAAGUAUUUGCUGCUGCAGAGAGGCCUGGAAUCAUUGCCCUUGCUUGAGUUUUUCAUUAUUUACUCAUCAUUGCAAAAUGAUCCAAGUGUGUUGCGUCAUCAUUCUGUCCAUAAACUAUGUGACAUCCAGUUGGCUGGGAUCACAUAUAAAAUAUUUCAAAAACAAACAAACAAAAAACACCUCAGAUAACAUAUGCACUGUAAUUCAAAAUUAUUAGCAGUUUUAAUACUGAGACACGUAUUUUAGAACUACUUUUAAAUCAUGGUUUCAUUAAUCCCCUAGAUGGCAGUGUUUGAGAAGCAAUUAGAUGGAUAUUUUAGAAAUUAUUUUUGAAGCUAUUGUAGUUUCAAAUUACCAGUCAACUUUCUCUGCAUUGCACUUACCAUGUCCUAAUCUUUUCUAGUCUUUUUUUUUAAAAAAAGAAAAAGCUCAAAAGAGCUGUCUUAGUACGAGUGUAACUACAACUAUUAGCAUCCUUUUAAGGAGAAUAGAUGAAUGUUUAACAGCUACAUAAUGGUUAAGUUGUAGUCAAAUUCUUAAUGUUUUUAUUUCCUUUCUGCAUCUUGUAGAAUGGAAUGCUUGAUUUAAAACAGUCUCAAAGCCACAAAGCAGAAUCCAUAUUAACAUAAUAGGCAGUAUUAAUUCUCAUCCUCUCUAGCUCUGUAUGAGACAGUUGCUCCUGGUUCAGAUGUAAAUAUCAAGACCAAGUUUGUGAAACAGCUACUGUAGCCUGAAAGGUUACAGUCCUUACUUUCUAAACCUGGGGAAGGAACUACACAAACCUCAGGAUCAUUCCUGAUCUUUCACAUCUAGAGUUUGAGCACUCUUGCUAAGAAGUAAUUCUUUUUGCUUAUCUGACAUUUGGGUGUAAACUUCUGCUAAAUUCAUACAGUAAACAGUAUUUUAAUUUUGUAGUGAAAGAUGUUGAGUUGCUCCUUCUAAAGACUCCAAAAAUUGUUACUUUCCUUUUCUUUCCCCUGUACUACAGUGGCAAUAGGUUUGGAGGACUACUUACAGUGGCAUGCUACUUUUUCAACCAUGGGGAGGUAGGUUACUCAGAAUUUAAAAUAUUUUGUUUAAUACAAGGUCAGAUCAUUUGAUAAUGUUCAUAUCUCUUAAAGUAAAUGUUUCGGUUUAAAACACAAAAGAAGUUGGAAGGUUGAAAUGGUCAAUAUUCUUUUAUUUACACUGCUGCUUGCAAAUGAAAUGGGACGCGGGUGGCGCUGUGGUCUAAACCACAGAGCCUAGGGCUUGCCGAUCAGAAGGUCGGUGGUUCAAAUCCCUGCGAUGGGGUGACCUCCCGUUGUUCGGUCCCUGCUCCUACCAACCUAGCAGUUCGAAAGCACGUCAAAGUGCAAGUAGAUAAAUAGGUACCACUCCGGCGGAAAGGUAAACAGCGUUGCUGUGCACUGCUCUGGUUUCACCAGAAGCAGCUUAGUCAUGCUGGCCACAUGACCCGGAAGCUGUACGCCGGCUCCCUCGGCCAGUAAAGCGAGAUGAGCGCCGCAACCCCAGAGUCGGCCGCGACUGGACUUAACGGUCAGGGGUCCCUUUACCUUUACUUUUGCAAAUGAAAAACUCCUGUAAUGUGCAUCAUGAUGCUUUGCAUGUUUACUUGACAGUUCAGUAGAACUGGCAGAGCUUACUCACGAGCAAAUGUGUCUAGAAUCUGUGACUAUAUUUGAUUCAUUGUGUAGGAUAGAUUGGGUACUGAUGUAACUAUGUGAUGAAAAUAUCAUAAAUCUUAAUUGCUGCAUUCAUAUGUCACACUAAACCAUGGUUUAGAACAAUGCAGGAAGCCUUGGAUUUGUGUGCUCGCCUUCCGUUCCUUUUCCUCCUUCAUGGUGUAAGCUACCAGUUCAGAAACCUUUCCUUCUGCCAGCUUGAUAGCCUGCCACUGACAUUCUUGAAAUUAACUACAUUCGCUGUUAACACACUGUGUCACUCCAGAAGCUAGGCAUGCCCUGGAUUCCACCCCACAUUGUGGGUGCCUGGAGUGUGCAUGUGAUGUCACACGCUGGGAGAAACCCCAACACGCCCCCCAAAAGGCCCACUGCUGCAAUGGGAGGGCCCAACAGAGCCUGUCGGAGCCAUAGCAGGCCAUGCUAGGCCUUUCGGAAGGUACACCAGGGCUCCUCCCAGCAGCCCUGCAACAGGCUGUGUUGGGCUGGCUGCGGAAUAUUGAGGAGCCCCGACCCGCUAAUUGAAAAAUUUGUGGAUGCCUAGGCACCCAGAGACCUGCAGAGACUGCACCCCUGCCAGAAGCUUUUGAACUCCUGCCACUUUGUGGGAAAAGGGGAGGUGGAUGUGAGCCUAAGGCUCUUAAUAUUUUGUUGGAAGCUGCCCAGAGUGGCUGGGGAAACCCAGCCGUAUGGGUGGGGUAUAAACAAAUUAUUAUUAUUAUUAUUAUUAUUAUUAUUAUUAUUAUUAUUACUAUUAUUAUUGCUGUACCUGGUUCUUGCUUAUGAACUUUGCACUGAGCUCUGGUUUAGCAUAACACGCAAAUGUGGCCAAUAUGUUUCGUAAAGGUAAAGGGACCCCUGACCAUUAGGUCCAGUUGUGACCGACUCUGGGGUUGCGGUGCUCAUCUCGCUUUAUUGGCUGAGGGAGCCAGCGUACAGCUUCCGGGUCAUGUGGCCAGCAUGACUAAGGCGCUUCUGGAGAACCAGAGCAGCACACAGAAAUGCUGUUUACCUUUCCCGUCGGAGCGGUACCUAUUUAUCUACUUGCACUUUGACGUGCUUUCGAACUGCUAGGUUGGCAGGAGCAGGGACUGAGCAACGGGAGCUCACCCUGUCACGGGCAUUCGAACUGCCAACCUUCUGAUAGGCAAGUCCUAGGCUCUGUGGUUUAACCCACAGCACCACCUGCGUCCCAAUAUGUUGCUUACUGGAGAGUUAAACCACAGCUGCUAAUUUAUUUUUAUCUGUUUAUCUGUAAUAAACAGAUGAGAAAGGGUGGUUUUUCUGUACAUUUGUUCUUAAUUAUGGAAAUGUGGAGAUAACUGUUAAAGCAUAGGUCUGGUUUACACAUAAUACUAAGCCACUACUUAAAAUAGCAGGAAGGAGCCCAAGCAAAGAUUGUGUUGCUUCCAGCCUUCGUAUCUGUUUGAUGAAUGAUAGCACUUGAACUAAGUUGUUAUUAAAAUACUCUAUAAUCCACCUUUCAUUUCCAGAAGAAAAACCAAGGUAAAACAAGUAAAAGCUAACAGCAAGUAUAAAAGAGAUUAUAAAAAUAUAACUACCCAUAAUUAAAACACAUAGUAAAACUGUUUCAUCAAAACAUUAAAAUAUCUAUAAUUAAAAGGUGACAUAAGCAAGCCCAUUAGAGCAGCAUAAUAGUUAAACUUUUUUGCACAAUAUAUUUAUUAAGGAAAUAAAUAAAGCUUUGUCGUUAAAGAGCUAAUUGUUCCAGAAGAUAUUUCCUCCCCCCUUCUCUUCAAGUAUUAAUCUUUCCAGGAACAUUAGAAAUUAUUUUACUAGAAUUUCCCCCAUGACACCUAUGUUAUUGGACAAAGAAAAGAGCCGUAACCUCUUGAAGCAAUGUUACAUGUUAACUAUAUGCAUGUAGCCACUUUAAAAUCUAAUAUAAAAUAAUAAUUCCUAUGACUGGUCCUACUUUUUUGUUUUGUUUCCAGAUAUUUCAAUCUUGUAUCUUUCACAUCCGAUUCUUUUAAUAUUUAGCUGUAUAUGAAUUGUAUUACUUAACUGGUUUGACUAGGAGUUUUACAAAGCCAACAUGGCAGUGAUUGAGUGAAAUAUGGAGAGUAAUAUCCAAGUAGGCCAUACUCAAGAGUAGACCAGUUGAAAUCAAUUGGUCUAUUAUAUGACUAAUGGGUUGUAUUCAACAAGUGUUUUACUCAUGAGUAGACCCACAAAAAUUAAUUUAUUGAAUUUAUAUCCAUCUCUUCUCCAAGAGCCCUCAGUUAGUGACACUAAAUUAGUCAUAUUAGUUACUUUUAAUAGGCUUACUCUGAGUAGGACUUGCACUGAAUGCCACCUAAUGUUUUUAUACCACCUGGAACUAAAAAUGCCAGAAAGAAGAUGAGCUGCAUCAUUUAAAAUGUAAAAUAAUGAACGUGUAAGAGAUUUUUGCCAUUUAUUUUGCUUUUACUGCUUUGCACCACUGCAUUUCUCGGUUGAAGUUACCAGAGUAGAUGAUAAAAUUUUGUUAAAACAAAAUCAGUUGUUUUUCAGCAGCAUUGCAAAAUUUUGUUACCUUUUUAUUCUUCAAGCAUACAUUGUUUUGCUCUUAUAGUCUUUACUGCAACACUCUUUUAGGUAUUAAUUGCUAGUGGAAGUGUCCACAAUUUCAGUUUUGCUAUAUGUAAGCUUCAGUUGCAAACACAUUGCUUUGAAGUGGAAAACAAAUAUUGGAACACACAGUGAAUUCACCUAGUUUUUACUUCCAGAGUACUCGUGUGAUGUGGACUCCCCCUCUUCGUGAAAGCUUUUCAUAUCCGUUCCUUGUGGUUCAGAUGCUAUUACUAACCUACAUUCUCAGGUAGUUUCCAUUUUUCUCCUUUCUACUUAAAUAUGAAGAGUUAAAACAAAAUCCCAAACAAGGUAUUGAUUUAUAUACUUGUAUCUUGUGGAGAGCAUGAUAUUCCUAUUACGUUUGGAAUGUUCAUUAUUGAAAGUUUUCAGCACCCCUUUCUUAAAACUGGACCAGUGAAUGGCAGUGGUACAAAAGCAGGGAGCUGAAAAUACACUGAGGAAAUGCUCAUCCUCACUACAACUGUUUUUAGCUGUGUCUUUGCCUUGAAGUGAUAUUGCAGCCCCAAAAAUGUGGUUGCUGCAAGUGAAUACCCAUCUCACCAUGGUGGUUCUUUUUCAUAGUUGCUUUCCUUAUACAAAUCAGUGUUGUUAGUACUGCUCACUGGCUUGAUUAGAGAAAGGUUUGUAGUCAUGGAAACCUGAUAGUGGUGGGGAAUACAAUUGCCUCCCAGUCUGCUAUCACUCUUGGGGCUUAUGGUUUGAUGGCAGUUUCCCCUCAGUCAGAGGUUUUUAUAAUUGUGGGUUCUUUCUCCAUAUGUGGCAAUGUAGCAAAGGCAUUUUUCUCUUGCUACAUAUCCAUAGACAUCAACAGGUACUAUCUGACAUGGCUGAAUACCAGGUUGAUGUGUACACAGGAUCUUCCUGAAACUGCUAUCUUCUCUCCUCUUUCAAUUUAGGGAUGAAUAGUGGGUUCAGGGUGAUCCUGGCUACACCUAAAUCCAGUAAGUGGCUUGGUCAGAAGUUGCUUCCUGCCUCUCGUAAAAGGGGUAGCUGGUUGAGGUUGUAUGUGAGCUUGAGACAUAUUGCCUGACAUUAGAUGAAAAUGUUACUGAGGAUUUUCCUCCCCACUUUCUGUGUUGAUGCAAUAGUUUUACAAUGGUGAUUAGAACUAUCGCACGUACAUACAUUUUGAUUUGCAUAUCCUUUGUGUGUGUAAAUUUCUACUUUACAGUUCAUUAUGAGUGUGAGAAUCCAUAUCAUUGAGGCUUAUUCAAAGUUUUUAAACUUAUAUCUUUUUAGCUGACUACUGUAAGUGAAAAUACAAAGCAAUUUGAAAUAGUUCAUUCUCUAUUGAUCUUCACGUUAAUGAACAAUCCUAAUACUGAACUUACUACUCUUUUAUUUUUUUCCCAAGGACUCAGAAUGUUAAUAGAAGAAGCCUGAUUGCACUAUCUGUUUCUAAUGUUUUUUUCAUGCUUCCGUGGCAGUUUGCUCAGUUUGUUCUUCUAACACAGGUAAGAUAAUUUCAGUAAAAGUGAUCCGAAUUAUAAUUAUCCAUUUCUAUUUUAUAGUGCAGUUCAAAUAACAGUUCAACAAGGUGUGUAGCAAUAGAGUUCACACACAUGUUUCUGGGAGGUGCAGGCUCAGUUGAGGACCAGGACUGCUGCUGCUGUACUUCUUCACUAGCUCCCUUCAUAGCUGGUUCCUUUGUGAUGGUGGGAGGGUGUAUGCAUUACAGUAUGUGUAUGUUUGUACAAAUAAGCUCAUGGUGUAAAGUGUAUUGUAUGGUGGGCAUGUGUUCAAGGAAUGCAUUACAAUAAUUCCAUGGUCUGAUUUACUCAUAACCCUAAGCCAUGGUUUGUUUAGCCAAAGUGUGCUUUGUAUUGGGUUAGCAUUCUAUCUGCACACAACAUCCUUGCUUAAUAUUUGGUCAGACCUUCCCCAGAUACUUGCCAACCUAGAGGCAUGAGUAGCUAGUAAGCUUUCAUUGACGCUUUCCCUAAAGAAACCUUUGCUCCUAUCUCUGCCUGGCAGGAAACUCAGGCCAAGGAGUGAGGAGUAGAUGGGAGAAACAUAAACCAAGCUUUGGAGAAACAAGUCAUGGUUUGCUUGUCUUUGAGACAACUUAUGGCUUAUUGAACAAAUCAUGACUUAACAUUAUGGGUAAACACAGCCUUUGCUUCUUUCCUGAGUUUAAUGCAGUGGCUUCAGUAGUUAUUAUUGAAAGUGUGUCAAAUUCAGCCUCAAAGCUAGUUGCCAUGGGUGAAAUAACUUUAAUCAAUCUUGUGAUGUUGAAUGGUCAUUCUUGUGUUUGAUUCUUACAAUGAUGUAAACACAUUGUCUUUGGAAAAGACAUUUUGCAGUGCCUCACUUUCCAGUUUUUCAUAGAAGUGGCUGAUCUCUUCAGAUUAUUUGUGAUGCAACUGCCAGGAUCCAAACUACUGUUUAGGCUCACAUAAGAAAUAGUCACCACCCCAGCCCACCCCCAUGUCUCCUGGAAGGAAUUGCAUGGUAGUUUGGAACCUAGCUAAUUUACUUAAUAAUGUUCUCAACAGAACUUUUUUCCAAUUACUUUAUCUUUUCAAUUGCAGGUGGCAUCAGUUUUUGGAAUUUAUAUUUUAGGAUUGAUUGAUUCAUCCAAACUACAGAAGAUACUUUAUGCACAUAUGGUAAUACUUAGUCUUAAAUUAUUUAGGGUAGAAUCAAUUUCUUAAAGUUACCUACUUCUGAAUCAUGAAUAUAGUGGUAUAUAGUUGGUUUUUUAAAUAAGAAAGCAACUGAAGAAAGAAACUAAAUUGGUUGGAGGCUUAUUCUUAUCAGAAAAUGGUGCUGCAUAUGAUUUUAAGUUCUCACUCCUCUAUUCCACUCAGGUGAAUUAUCCUCCAUCCAAUUAGACAUUUACAUGUGCAGGUCCUAGUUUGUGUUAAAGUUUCUGUGUGCUUUGAUGGGAGAGUGAACCGCCCUGAGACCCCCAGGUAUAGAGCGGUAUAUAAAUUCAGUUAAAACAAAGAGUGGGCAAGCUUGAUGAUCACUCCUAUAUCCCACCAAAUAUACAGAAUAUGUGCUAAGAUUCAUUGUGAACCUGACUCAAGAGAUGACUUUCCACUAUGAAGGGUAAGAAAGACGGAAAAUGAAAAAUGAUGUGAAUUUUCCAAAUACAUCGUAGCUUUCUGAAAAAUUCAAGAGUUACAGCCCUAAGGGUAACACUUUUAUAAGGACAAACAAAUGUCACACAUUAGUGAACAGACAUGUUGAGUUCUCUAGGACACUUCUUCAUACUGGGUAUUCAGCCAGAUCUGUGUAAUACCUUCCUGCACACCUGUAUGAAGAUAUUUUAAAUUGCAGACUUUAGGCAUCUUCAUUUAUUUUUUUUAGCAUGGGGAGAGGGGAGCACUUACAGGUUCAGCAAGGACUGGGGGCCUGUCCCCAACAUCACAUGACUGCCCUAGCCCUGCCCCAAGAUCACUGCACUGAAGAGUAGCCUCCCUGUUUCAGUAGAUUUGGGGCAUUUCCAUCAUGCUCUGCCUUUUCUUCCCCUGGUGGUGGUAAUUUUGCUUGCUAUCCAGCCUAAAGAGUUCAAGAGAACUUGAACAAUUACUUGUGCUAUAUUGUGGCAAUUUAGUUGGCCCGAAUACAUGUAUUACUUCCAUCCCCCCCCCCAAAUGGACAAGCAAGGCUAUCUACAAAUUUUCUGGAAAAUAAUAAUUCCGAAUGUCAUGAUACAAAAAGAGGCCAAAUUCUUUAUUAAAAAAGAAAUAUAAAAGUUUAUAUUUGUAAGUUUUUCAUAAAGGGGGGGGGGGUUGUAGACAAAAAAAUGAAAGUGUGUAUUUGCUUUUUUGCUUAUUUCAGCUUAAGUCCCUUUAAAAUGAAUGAGACAUCUGAGUAGACAUGUAUAGACUUAUAUUGCGUAUCUGCAGCAUGUAACAGCUUAACACUAGAUUCUUUUUCUUUAUUUUCUGACAUGUUAGUUUAGUAUUAAAAAUAAGUAUGGUGCGGUGGGUAGUACAUAAGAGCAAUAUAUUGUCAUAUUUUGCAUAUUCUGAGAGAUUCUCGUAAAAAUUGUUUUAGGAAGCUACGUUAUUGUGAUAAGAAAUAUUUACAAUGAAAUAAAGCUGUUUCAAGAUAGCACCUUUUGUGUCUUAAGAUUUAAUAAAACUUAGUGUUUUCAUAGACACUGCAUCUGUCACAUCCAUUAUUAGCUUAAAGAUUGCAUUAAAAUAUGUUCAAAUGUUUAUAUCCCUUUAGGCAUCACUUGGAGUAUGUUUUGUCCUUAUGUUUGGAAACUCUAUGUUGCUGACAUCAUAUUAUGCUGCCUUUUUGGUAAUUAGUUGGGUAAGUUAGUUAAGGAAUACUCAAGAAUCCUUUUUCGUACUAUACUGAGUUACUGCAAUAAUUUACAAGACGCUUCAUAUAGGCUGGCACGUGGGGUGGGGUGGAGAUACUGGUUAUUUACUUGGAGACAGGAGAUUUUACCAUUUCAGAAAUAAGCUUUAUCCAAAAGGAUGAAUCAUUUUGCAGUGAAUACAUAGAGCCCCUUGUGAGUGUUCCUACUCACUGCGGUUUGGGAACAAAUGCUGUUGUCACAAUGGAUUUGUGUGCCUUGACAUUACAGUGAAUGGGGAAGAACUCAGGUUUUCAAGAGCACUAUAAUAUGCAUCAGAAUUCCACCUUCUGGAUCAGCUUAAUAAACAAGAGGCAAGUCUCAUGCUCUGAAAGCAACUUAAUCUGAAUACAGGCAACUUCUGAGUACCAUAGGUUUGCAGAAAGAAGUAACAUUCCCUUUAUUUGGUGAUAAGAUAAUUAGUGUGAUUAUAUAACUUUUCAUUAUUUAUGAAAGCCAAAAAUAGUGAACUAAAUCAAAAGAAGUAUGCAUGUAGUACAGCUUCAAAAAGAUAACAGAAUGACACUGUAGGGUGGGCCUUUGACAUUCCUGGUUUGUCUUUUUGGAUGAUUGGUUAUGUAUGUUCUUGGAGAAGUGUACGUAUGCUUAGCUCAUUACUUGUUUCCAUUCUGUCUUAUGGUUAUUGGGUUAACAUAUUGCAAAACUGGACGUCCGUGGGUCUGCCUAAGUCCGAUUAUGUGAUGUGCAAAUAGUUUGUGCCAUUGUACAGUAGAAUCUUGCAUAACAGACAGCACAGUAUAUGUUUAAAAAGCAGUAACAAUGGGUUUCAGUGUUCUAUGGAAGUGUAAUGCAAUAAAACCAAUAAUUUCAGUGUCUGGUAUUAACACUUUUACAAUGCUGGUUUUGAGCAUUUUCUAACUUCAUUUUGACUUAUUUAUUGUUUAAUCCUUCUGGACUCCAUUUGAGAGGAGUGUUAUAUAAAUAUUGCUGUUUAAUGAACUAAUUUAAUUAUUUUCAGGGUAUUCUUGAACUGGGUCCUAAAUACAUCCUGAAAAUGUGUAGUAGAAGAGGUAUCAGCGUAUGGGUAAGGAUUGACAUUUUGUGUUAUAAAUAUAUUACCAGCUCUGUUGGUCAGUAGGAUGAUUUGUAGGUGAUAGUUUCCAUUCAAAGCCAGCAUUGCCACAUGUUACUGAAAAGCACCUGGGCCUAGCAGAGAAGGGGCUGGGCUGGGCUGAUGGAAGGCUAUCCCAAGGCCUUGGGGAUCCUUGGCCAGCAGCUGAGUGAUUGAUAGCUGGUUUGGGGGCUGAAUGCGUUUUGUAUUUACAGUGGUACCUCGGGUUACAUACGCUUCAGGUUACAGACUCCGCUAACUCAGAAAUAGUGCUUCAGGUUAAGAACUUUGCUUCAGGAUGAGAACAGAAAUCGUGCUCCGGCGGCGCAGCAGCAGCAGGAGGCCCCAUUAGCUAAAGUGGUGCUUCAGGUUAAGAACAGUUUCAGGUUAAGUACGGACCUCUGGAACGAAUUAAGUACUUAACCCGAGGUACCACUGUAUUAAGGAGAAUAAUUUAUUGGGAGACUGUUGUCCCUUUUAAGCAACUUUUUGGUAAGUUGAAUACCUGAACUUUGCGAAUGUUGUCAGCUCCUGUUUGAUUUGCUAAGGGCUUCUUGAGAGAGAACACUACAUGAAAUAGAUGCAUUGUAGAUCAUUUUGUUUUCUAUAACCUCAUCUUUAUUAUUAACAAGUAAGGCCUGAAUGAAAUGCUGCGCUCUGAGAUUGCUUCAUGCAGCCAUUCACUUCCCUGUUGGCAUUACACGUCGGCUGGGGUGGGGUGUGUUUGUGUGUGACUUUUGCCUUGAAUCCUUGAAUCCAUCACAUAUUGUGAACAACCUCUGUAGGUGGGAAGCCAAAGUAGUAAAUGAAUAGGAGAAGGUCAGAGGACAUUAUAGCCUCCCAUGCUCUAGACGCUGCACGGUCUAGUAUUGCCUGUAAACUCUCCUCGGUUCUAAACCUGUCACCUGUGUGAUGCUGGCAUCACAGCUCUGUAGUUGUACAGUGCAGGUGACUGGCAUUCUGAGGGACAAGUUGGACAGCCCUUUGUGGGCAUUGGUUUCCUCCUGACUUCACUCUCCUCUAAACCUCAAGUAACCGUCUCUGGCAUCUUGGUGGGCUAUAUGCACUUAUUUCUUGCUGUUCUCCUGUAUUCUUGAGAGGUUGCAUGUACAACAGCUAGUUUACUUGUUUAGGGGGAAAGAUUGAUCCUCUUUUGCAGGUGUUUUUUGCCAAAGUGUUUUGUAUACUCCAAUAUGCUUAAUCUUUCCAUGCGUGCAUGGGUAUCUCUGUUUUGGCCACAAAGCCAUCAGCAUAGCCCAUCCAAAUUCAGCAUCAGAGGGAGUGAAUAUUAAAUUUUGCAUGAAAGUAGCAUAAAAAUCUUGACUUCACUUUCACCAAUAGGAAUUGGUUUAAUUUAAAAACUACCAUUUCAGCUCUCACACAACAUAAUAAAAAUUGUAGAUAAGAAUAAGAGAAACAGUUGCAUAAUAAUAUGUAUUUUAAUUAAAGUGCCUCUUGUAUUAAAUGCUGAGUAUUGCUUCUGCUCUUCAGUUGAACCAUGCCUUUCAUUUUACAGGCCAUUGAAGGAUUUUCUUGCUUUUUGGGGACAAUUACCUUGAAGUUCUUGAUGUGCCUAAUAUUUGGAACAGCUGAUGAUGUAAGUUUAAAACUUCCUUGUUUCAUUUGUUCACUGUCAGAAUUCUUCUUGUAUGUCUUCUUCAUCAUAUAGGUCCCAUCUACACUAUACGUUUAAAGCAGUAGCACACCACUUUAACCCCCUCCCCAAGAAUACUGGGAUAUGUAGUUUCUUAAGGGUGCUGAUAAUUGUUUGGAGACCCUAUUCCCUUCACAGAGCUACAGUCCUCAUGGUGGUUUAAAAAUCAGUCUCUCCCUAUAGGGGACUCUGAAAAUUUAUUGACAAUUAAGAGUUACAAACUAUUGAAAAGAAACAUUCAUUGCUGAACACUCAGCAAAACUUUCAAGUAGUGUAGCUGUUUGAUUCUUUUAAUCAAAUAAAAUCUGUCAGGAUGGUAAAGCACUCAGAACCAGACCUUUGGCCAAGGCACAGCCUGACCCCCUCCUUUGGUAAUCCUCACAGAACUCUAGCCCAAUGGUUGCCGUUAAUUCGAUUUGAACUGAUUUUAUAAUGAAUUGAUUAUUUUACUGUUGUUAGCUGCUCUGAGCCUGGCUUUGGCUGGGAAGGGCGGGAUAUAAAUAAUUUAUAAUUAUUAUUAUUAUUAUUAUUAUUAAACAAACACCACCCCAAAUUCUCUCUUUCAUAGAGCAUACAUUUCUGAGCACAAAUUUUGAAUUCUGAACUUUAUAGAGUGUAAAAAUUACAAUCAUCUUCUUGAUGCACCUUAAGAAUUAAACACAUAUAAUCUUCCACUGGAUGCAUCGCAAAUUUCAUCUAAUAAAACUGCAACAUGUCAGUUAUCUGUGGCUUAGUGCAGGGGUUGCCAACGUGGUGCUCAUUGAUAACAUUGUGCCCACGUGUACCUCCUAUGACACUCGCAAAAAGUCUUGGUAAGUAGUUCCUCAGAAUCCCACAAUGUGUGAGAGAGGCUGCUUGCUGUCCUCCACAGUUUCUGUUUGCACUGCCUUGGUUUCUCCUACACUGAACACGCACCCUUCAACAUGCCCACUUUUCAUUGGAUGCUGGGAUUGGACACCCACAGUCCUGUUCUGAACAGAGGAGAGCUGUGAAUAUUUAUCUCUGAGCAAACACAGCAGUGGAUAAUAUAGGUGCAUUUCCCAUUACGUAUGGAGGCAUGUCCACACACUUUUACUAUCCCAUCUCUCUGCCCUUUUAGAUGUGGCAGUCAGUUCGUGUUACACCAUGCCCAAUAGCAGCCAGUUAGUGAUUGGUGCCCAGGGGCACUUCUUUAAAAUUUCAAAUGUGCUCACCCACCCAAAAAGUUGACAGCCCCUCGCCUAGUGUCUACUAUAUGGUCUACAAGUUGUUUAUUCUUAACAUGGCAAAUUAACUGCUGUUCUUUUUCUCAGACAUUUCCAUGAUCUUUUAUUUGUAUUGAACCAAUUUUAAUGUAGCAUAAUCCAACGUUUUGUACUUUCCACUCUAUUUUUUUUUAAAUCUCUGAAAUAAUUCAUUUAACAAACAUUUUCACUGUAAUUUCUUAACAGGCUCAUAUAAGCAACCUGCUGAAGGCAAAAUUUACUGGUUAUAGGGAUUUUCAUACUUCAAUGUACACAUGUGCUGUGGAGUUCGAUUUCAUGGAAAAACAGGUAAUUAAAAAUCAGUGGAUGAAGUAUGGAACACCUUAAUGUUUAUGCAGUUUUUUCUUCCUUAAUCAGAAAAAUAAUGUUUGAUUGGAAAGCUAUUUUUUUUAACAAAUAUAACAAUUCAGGAUUCUUCUAUUGCUUAAUGAAACUGAGUUAGCAGUUGGUAGAACAAAAUAUCUGGAUAAAGUGUCAGUGUCUUGACUUUAUUACAGGCCAUAAUUUAUGUUCAUCAACAGUGAAGGUUGAAAGCUUCGGGGAACAAAUGGAAUCACUGAAAAACAUUAUUCAGAUUAACUGCACAAUAGUUUUGACAAUUUUUCUUGGAUAAAAUAACUUGGGGAGAGGUUCAUUGUGAAAAUCUAGAGUAAGAAUGUCUUAAAAGAAAAUGGUUUUGUAAGAAAAGUUACUGUGCAUAAAAUUUACCACCCAUUGAAACUGUGUUUCAGACUCCAGUAAAGUACAUGAAGACACUUCUACUUCCGGUAGUUCUUGUCGUUUUUUCAGUAAUUGUUAUGAAGGUAAGGUCUUUGCUGUUUUUCAUCUGGUUUACAUUUAGUGUGUAUAGUAUGCUAAAAGGGGGCAAUUAAUACUUAAAUUUGAGUAUGUCUAGCAUGCAUGUAUUUGCACAUACAUACAAAUAGGUACCGCUCCGGCGGGAAGGUAGAAGGCUUUUCCGUGACUGGACCUAAUGGUCAGGAGUCCCUUUACCUUUACCUUUACAAAAAGAGCAGAACAUGUGACCAAAAAGCCAAAUCAAAGUAUAUGAACUUGGAUCUGGGCUUUUCAGCUACAUGUUCCGUUAUAUACCAGACUUAUUUCUUCAGGCAUCUUUAAAGACAUGCAUGUUGAUUACCAAAAAUGAAAAUCUAGUCUACAUAAUCCUGAAGAAGGAAUUGAUAUUAAAAAGAGCAAUUAUUCCAAAGUAUGUAAUUGGAAAAUUAUGUCUGUUAACCUUUGGGAAAUUGUAAUUUUGGCAUAUGACUAAAUCUGCUUUAGAGAAAAGGCUAUUUAAAAUAUGUUCUUGUCUGUUCACAGACAUUUCAACAUGUUGUGUGUCGCAAGGAAUUAUCUGAAAGGUAAAUAAAUUUUGAAAUUAGAGUGCAAAUCCAUUGAAUGAAUUAUUACCUAAAGGACUAUAUGUAAUUGUGCAGCCAGGCUUUGCUCCUAUUGUUUACUUCUAGUCUCCAGUUAGUUUUCCCAUCACUUUGUGGAAUGAAUAUGUACAGCAAGUAAAUGUUUCUUAUGCCUUGUGAACAUGCCAGUAAUCUAGCUGGUUGCAAUUAGUGUGUGUAUAGAGGUCUUGGCCUGUAGUCUUCCAUGCCCUGUAAUUACAUUUUUUAAAGCAGUGAUCCUACUGAAAAUUGGAAAUUAAUGAAAGACUUUUACUGCAGUUCAACAAAUGCAACAGAGCAUCUGUACAUAUGAGUAGCCCCCAGAUUGAUAAAAAUAUAAGUUUACAAAAUAAAUUUAGUAGUAACAGUUUUAUCGUAACUUUGUAAUAACUUAAAGGACUUAGAAAUUAAAAACACUGCAAUAUUUUUAAUUUAGUUUGAUUGUAAACAGAGGAUGUGUUCUAUAAAUAACUAUUUGUAGCAUAAGGCAUAUUGAUUCUAUGCAAUAAACAAAUAACAGUCUUACUGUUCUUUGUUCAGACAGGAGGAUAAUUUCAAUCAUGGGGAGGUAAGGAUCUCAUCCUGCAUGAAUUAUGUUACAACUCUGCUUAUUGAGCUCUCCCUCGAUAAGUUUAGAAAAGUUACCUUCUGUGGGAAAUGGAAGUGCUGAUUUAAGAAAAACAGUGGAGAUAGUGGGAAAUGAUUGCAGAAGUUUAAAUUGGUGGUGCACACCAGGGUUCUUAGAAUUGAAAUUGCAAACAUAGGCCAGUUUCCUUGCUGAGUUGUUUGACGUGGACAAAAACUGCUUGUUUGAUGUGGAUUUACAUCAAACUGUUCUUUUACAUAGGUGUGAAGUGCUAAGUAUCAAAUGACAGGUUUUAACUUUGCCUCCUAUUCCUGCCUCAGAGCUCAGAAAUUUACUUUGGGGCAAGGGCAAAGAGAGAGCGUCCAACAUCUUAAAUCUCCCUGCAGCUUAUUUUUUUCCUGCCCAGGAUUGGGAUUGCCAAUCUUAAAACCUUCAGUGAAAACAUAACACCGCAGGUGUCAAUUCUGAAGGGAAGAAACCCUCCAAGGCCUGCUUUUGGGGGGAAAUGAUGUGCUAUCGGUUUCUGUUGGGGAUUCUGGGACGAAGUCACAGUCCCCAGAGGGAAAAGAUGCUCUGCAGAGGCAUCUAACACCUUCCUGUACUUUGUGGGGAAUUUAUGGAGCAAGUGAAUGUGGUGGUGGUGAUUUAAGAAUAUCAGGAUGAGAAUGGGCCUGGGAACAUGGCUGUGCCCCAAUACUUUGCCCCAGUAUUGCUUGAAUGUUCACAACACCCCUAUUGCAAUGAUUACUCAAAGCAUAUCCACAGUUUACCUUUAAUCACAUGGGCUGUGUGCACACAGAAGAAAUGCAUAAUAUCUUGCAAUUCCUUUCAGUGUAGGAGGACAGGUCCAGGCAGCAAAGGGGGCAUAUUCUUCAUUAAAGUGAAUGAGUAACUCCUUAUACUUCUGGAAGUUCCAUUUACACAUCAGAGUUAUCUUCUCUGAAACUCAUCAGUAUGGGUUAUUUGCAUCCAAAUCAUUGUUGGAUUAGAGUGGUGGUGUGGGAUAAAACCAGAAUGAAAUGGAAUUCAGUUAUUUUAAUAAAUGUACAGAAAAACGCAGCCAUUAAAAUUGAGCUUCAAACUAGUCUCUUCUAUUCCCACGGGGUAUUCAUCUUUCUAAAAUGUUUUGUCUCUCAUUCAUAGUCUUUCUCUCCCCUGCCCCCCAAUGGGUUUAAAUGUAAAAAUAAUGCAGUGCUCCAAGGAGCAUCUAUAUAAAAAGGUAAACUUUCUUUCUUAUAGUUAAUAGGUUUAUGUUCAUAGUUUUGACAGCUCUUUUAAUAAGCAUUAUUUUCUUAUGCCUUUGUGUUUGUUUGUUUGUUUUCAGAUAGUAUACCAUGCACUGCAGCUUAUAUUUUUUACUGUUCUUGCUAUUUUAUUUAUGAGACUAAAGCUGUUUCUGACACCUCAUAUGUGCAUCAUGGCAUCCUUGAUAUGUUCAAAGCAAGUAAGCUACUGUUUUAUUUGUCCGGCUGAUGUAGUAAUUUACUUAAUAUGUUUUACAGAGGGGCUGAUAUAGCAUUUCAGUAUGCCAAAUGUUUAAUAUUUUGAAUUACUUGAUUAUAGAAUUACAAAAAUAUAUAGUUAUUAUUAAAUACACAAUACAGAAAAAACGUGCUAUCAAAAUAUUGUGAGCUGACAGAAAACAUACUGCAUAUGUACAAUAUAAAGGAUAAGAAAUCAAUGGAAACUCGUGUUAGUGACAAUACCUUUGUCUAAUGUUAUCUCUCAACAUAGAUUUGUUCCAGUGGUCAGUACUGAUAUACAUACAGAGCAUCCAUGCCUUAGUCAAUAAAAUGACACAGCCUAGUUAUUUUAAUUUUGAUUGCAUUAACAAGCAAGGAGAUAAACACACUGUGCUACAGUGGAUACUUUUAAUAUCAAUAUUAGAGUUUAUGGUUAUUGUUAAUUUCAGUGGAAAAUGUAUCGUGAACUGAGUUGUCAUGUUUUUCUGUGUAAUUUGUUAAGCUGGUGUUAAGAAAAAAUGGAAAUUUAGAAACUUAAGUUGUAUGUAAAGUUAAAUGGCUUUUAAUUUCUUCUUAUCAGCUGUUUGGAUGGCUGUUUAGCAAAAUCCAGCCUGGAACACUUGUUCUUGCGAUUUUAGCAAUGAUGGCAUUUGAAGGAGUAGCAAACCUUCAAAGAGAAUGGAGCAUUGUGGGAGAAUUUAGCAACUUGCCCCAGGAAGAGCUACUGUUAUGGAUAAAAGAAAAGACCAAACCAGGUAAAACAAACACUUGACCCCCUGCUUUUUUUGUGCUUUUGUGCUUUUUUUUUCAGUAUCUGCUACAGCAUCUAUCAUAAGGCAAGCAGCAAUUUUGUGUCCUGUGUUGAAGAACAGGAUUAUUAUGCUGUUUCCCCCAGUGUUGUGUUUUAUAGUAAGUGACAUAAGAAUGAAAGGACCAGUCUUAAGGUUUCUGUAAUUGUAUUGUUUUAUAGUACAUUAAGACUUGUAUUAAGUAGAGAAUUUGAAGUAUUAUAACUUUAAAAUAUCAAGAACAAUCUAAGAACAAUUAGAGUAUUGGAUGAAAUCUGAUGUAGUUUUAGUUUUGCCACUAAGAAUGAUGUCAUGCCUGAAUGUAUUAAUAUGAAUGUACAUUUUGAGCUCUGAUUUUUAGAAAGUUUAGUCAUCUUUACUUUAUUCUACAUUUUUACAAUACUUUGCCCAAUUGUUUGAUUUUUUAUUUUCUUUUAUAUAUUUCAGAUGCUGUUUUUGCGGGUCCAAUGCCUACAAUGGCAAGUGUAAAAUUGUCUGCUCUUCGGCCUAUUGUGAACCAUCCUCAUUAUGAAGAUGCAGGUUUACGGUAAGAUUUAAACUUCAAAUUUUAAGGCUAGCUAUAUUCUGAUUUACUCAGCAAGGAAAUUGAUGUAACAAGACUUCUAAAAAUUGGGAAUAAGCUGUGCCUUUUGCUCCCUGAAUUAUAUGAGCUGGAGCUUUGUGUGCUGGGAUACUUGGACUUUUGCAGAUUGCAUCUAAAAUGCUGUUUCCACUUUUGAUUAGUGUAAUCUUAUCUCUUUUUUAUGAUUCUGUGAGGUUUUACAGGUGCAGCAUGUACCUUUUUUGCUGAAGCAAACAAUGAAAUGGGUCUGGCUUAUGUUCUUCCAGGUCGUUUGGUUUAUUAUACCAUAUAGAGGUCUCUGGCCCCCUGUGUGCUUUGAAUAUAUUGUUCACAAAUUAUCAUACUCUUGGAUUAAAAAAACAACUGGUUGUCACUGGGUGCUUUAAAUGGGAAGUUGGUGACUGGAGUAUGAUCUAUAGAGAUGGAUCAAAGGUAGUGGUGGACUGAGCAAAUCUUAUUUUGUAUUGUUUGGGAGGAAAGAUUAAAAUACAGGGUUGGAUGAGUUUGAAAUUAGCUGGGUAGUUUCAAAUAAACAUGUUAAUUGAUUUAAUAUAGCAUUAUGUUGUAUUGCUUUUUAAUUGAUUAAAAUAGGAUGAAUAAAAUAUAGUUAUUGGCUUUAGACAGAAGCUUUGCUGUAGAGAGAGAUGAGUAAGUCGGCGAUAAAUUUGUUUCCUUCAGGCAUGCAAGCUCACUAAUCCUGUGGUUUCUUCUGGCUUAAAAUAAAGAGUGUGAGUUGCUAUUGUAUCAACAAGCUGGAGAGCAGGCAGCAGCAAAGGGCAAACUCCUCCUCUAAAAGAAAACAAGGCCUGCCAAAAGACUGCAAAAUAUUCGCAUUCCUCCCAAGGAGGAGAGUCCUUUCAGUUUUGUGGUCCUGCCUUUGAUUUCAAAGCAGUAUCUCCUUGCUAUUAAAGAGAUCCUACUUGGCAAUAGAACUUCACCACCCCUACUUUUUCUUCAGCCUUUUUUGUUCUCCCUAAUGCUUCUAGGAGGGACGCGGGUGGCGCUGUGGGUUAAACCACAGAGCCUAGAACUUGCCAAUCAGAAGGUCGGCGGUUCAAAUCCCCGCUACGGGGUGAGCUCCCGUUGCUUGGUCCCUGCUCCAGCCAACCUAGCAGUUCGAAAGCACGAAGUGCAAGUAGAUAAAUAGGUACUGCUCCGGAGGAAAGGUAAACAGUGUUUCUGUGCGCUGCUCUGGUUUGCCAGAAGCGGCUUAGUCAUGCUGGCCACAUGACCCGGAAGCUGUAUGCCGGCUCCCUUGGCCUAUAGAGCGAGAUGAGCGCCGCAACUCCAGAGUCGGUCACGACUGGACCUAAUGGUCAGGGGUCCCUUUAACUUUACCUAAUGCUUCUAAACAGGUGGGAGAGGGAAGCAUAGUGAGGGAAGGUCUAGUUCUGUUCACCUCAAGAAGCCAAAUGUACAGAGGGGCUGAUAAUCGCUUUCCCCAGAGCGCAUCACAAAGAUCAAGGUGGUGACCAGGACUUUGAUGUUGUCCAGCAAAGCCAACGUCACAUCCAUGGCAAAGGUUCUUGCCCUAUGUAUUUCAGCAGCCCAAAUGACACUUUGGGGCAAUCACUGCUCCCACCAGUUGCCGUGGUCACUUUCCUCCUUUCAGAGUUCUCCAGUAGCUUUGUCAAGCCGUGUGAUGGUAGACCAAGGACUCCAAUCUGCAAAGAGGGACUCCCUUUAGAGAUGCACCAAGAACAAUAGUAACCUCGGGUCUGCAGCGCUGAGGUGGCCAUGGCUCAGUACCCAUGGUACUUUCCCUGCUCCAUUAGAAUCAACAGUUGUGGAAACAGACAAAGCCCCUUUAGCUUUUCUUCAUAAGAGGUGGAACUAGACACUGACAUAGAACUGCAGCUCUAUGUAAGUCUUAGUCUGUGUUAAAGCAACACCAUUCCAGCCUGCUCAUAUGAUUCUUCAGCCUGAGCUUCACACAGAUCUGCCCAGGGUGCUUCCUGUUUGGUCUUAGUCCCUUUGGCAGAACACCAACUCAAAAAGUAAUGCCUCUCCCCACUCAGGAUCUCAUUUGACUGAAACAUGGAAAAUGCAUCUCUGUCACAGAAUAUUUAAAUAACUGAGUGAAUAUCCAUGCUCUCUUGCCUGCUUAAUAUAAUGGAAGUUCAGGGAAAGUCCAUCUUCCCAACCUCAGUUAGCAAUCAGAAGGGCAACAUCAAAACAUUUACCUAUAUUCCAAGGUGGGACAAACACCUACUUAAAAUACCAGCUGGAAAACCCUCCUGUUGAAGAAUGCAUCCCUAGAAGCAAACACAUUGACAUACAAUGUUAGGCCUAUGUGUGUUUUCUUAGUCAUUGUUGUUGAGCCAAAAGUCUGCCCGUUUUGCACCCAGGGUUGGAGCUGUGGUAUUGGGUUUUUUCCUACUAAAGUCGAGUUCUGAACCUGAGAGAGCUCUUCUUCCUGGGAACCAGCACCAGGUUUUUGCUUGGCACUGCCUUCUGCCACAGGAGGAGUUAACCCUUUGCUGUUCCCUGUCCCUUGCCUCUUGACUAAAAAUAAAACUCAUGGUAAGUGAGGCUUUUCACUUUCUGUUCUGACACUUCAGGAAGUAACCACCUUCCUUCCAUUUGGGGUUAGGAUUUGUGCUCCAGAAAUUAUUUCAUAUUUGUUUCUGAUUUGCUGGCAAAUGCUAACUAAAUCAGGUACAGUGGGGCCUCGCAAGACGAAAAGAAUCCGUUUCGCGAGUCUCUUCGUCUUGCAGUUUUUUCGUCUUGCGAAGCAAGCCCAUUAGCGGUUUAGCGGAUUAGCGCUAUUAGCGGCUUAGCGGGCUUAGCGGAUCAGCUGAUUAGCGGCUUAGCGGAUCAGCUGAUUAGCGGCUUAGUGGCUUAACGGAUCAGCUGUUAAGCGGCUUAGCGGAUCAGCUGAUAAGCGGCUUAGCGAUCAGCUGUUAAGCGGCUUAGCGGCUCAGCUGAUAAGCGGCUUAGCGGCUUGGGAAAAAGGGGGAAAGGAAAAAAACCCUGCAGGAACUCGCAAGACAUUUUCGUCUUGCGAAGCAAGCCCAUAGGAAAUUUGUUUUGCGAAGCACCUCCAAAACGGAAAACCCUUUCAUCUAGCGGGUUUUCCGUCUUGCGAGGCAUUCGUCUUGCGGGGCACCACUGUAUUAGCUACCAGUAUGUGCUUUUUCCAUUUCCUUGAGUCCUUAUCUUACUAGUUUUGUUUAUCCUCCUGUGUAUUUUACCACAAAUAUAUAUGUCAGACAUCUCAUGAAGUAUGUUAUUAACUAUAUUUAAAAAAUACACCAGAGUAAAUUAGCUCUCUCCACAAUACCGCAAACAUUCUUUUCCACUUUACUUCAGUGAUGAGCUGUGUAUUGUUUGCUCAAGUUAUAAUUUUUUUCUUGGUUACUUGGUAUAUUUGUAGCUUUCUCUUCCUCCUAGGGCAAGAACGAAAACAGUUUAUUCCAUGUAUAGCCGAAAACCAGCAAAAGAAGUUAAAAGGGAAUUGCUGAAGUUGGGAGUAAAUUACUACAUUUUAGAAGAUUCUUGGUGCCUGAGGAGAUCUAAGUAAGUAAUCAGUAUGUAAGUUUACCUUGAUCAUUUCCUACCAGUGAUCAAGGGGUUCAAGUGCUUUCUUUGCACCGGUUGGCUAGGAGAAAGUGCAGGUGCAGAACUUUGGGACUUUUCUGUGACGUCUUGUCAUGCUGAGGUGGUUUGGGAAUUUGGCCACUCACCUUCUAUAAACCCUGAGACAUUGGUCAACUCUUAUUGGUGGUGUCCACCUUUAGUUUUUGGAAUUUGGGCAGUUGGUGCUAAUGGCUGAAAGUGAUCUUCAAAGCAAUCCUUAAAAUUAGAAUUUUGCUUUUGUAGCCGCUGUGUCAGAUGCAAUAUGAUAUUAUGCUUUUUGUUGCUUCUUAUGUUCUGAAUAUUAAUAAGAUCUACUUGGAUCUCUAAGGAUUUUCUUAAGUUGGUAUGUGCAUCAUUGUGGAACUUUGGAACCUGAGUUUUUGAGGACCCUUAGUAAGGAUUGGUCAUUGAAAUUAGAUGGGUUUUUACAUCAGGGACAGCCAAUGUGGUCAUGCCUGCCCCCUCCUCCUGGUUUUGUUGGGAAUACAGCUCCUGUCUUCCCUGACUUUUGCUGACUGGAGCUAAUGGGGAUGUGAGCCAAAAACACAUAGAGGGCACUACGUUGGCUACCCCUGUCUUGGAUAGAGCUGUGUGUGCUUUAAAUCCUCCUCCUCAUCCCUCGAGUCAUUUUAUAUUGUGACUGCAGACAGAUUCUGAAUGAAGCUACUUGAGCAGCACUGUCAUUGUAAAGUUUCUUGGCAAGGAUGCCAAUUUUCAUAGUAUUUUGCUCUAGAUUCCACUGCAUUGUUUUAAUGUUGGUGUGGAUUUAUUUAUUUUUUGUUUGUUUAAAUAAUUUUUAUUAAGUUUCCUAUUUUAACAAUCCAGUCAAAUCACAUUAAAUGUUCCAAAUUAUCCAAAUACAUAUCAAAUAGUCCAAAUAUUCUGCCUGAAUUAUAAUUAUUUUGUUGGGACUUCCCAUGCUUCAAGUUAGGUUGGGGCUCUGAUCAUCUCAUAUGUCUGCUGCCUUGGAUAGUCUUUCCAAUAGUUCCUUUAAAUCUUCCUGUUGUUAACCUUCCUUCUUUCAUGGCCUCUGAGUUGUUUCCACAAGCGAGUUGAAGUAAGCAAUGAUGUGUUUCUGUAUGGAUUUUAUGUGUAUGACUCUCCGCUGUUGUUGCAGUAUGUCUUACAUGCUGGUGUUUGUGCCAAAUCAAUCCAAAAGUCAUUUCGCUGCCGGCAGACGUCAUCUUCUCUCAGUUCCGAUGAAAUCAAAUCUAGGCGUUUGCUCAUUAAUUUUCCCAGACUGGUUGCAUCAAACAUUAGCCUUUCCAGGGGAGAUUUACCAAAUCAGACUCAAAAUACAGAUAAUGACAUAUUAAGAGCUCACCUCUCCCUAUGAUUAUUUAUAACUCUGCAGCUCAGUCUUAUUCCAUCAUGGCGGAUUUCCAAAUUAAAAAGUGUGUCAUGUCUCCUUCAACAUUCUAGGAACCCAUCCUGUUGGUGUGGAUUUUAAUACAGUGGUACCUCGGGUUACAGACGCUUCAGGUUACAGACUCCGCUAACCCAGAAAUAGUACCUUGGGUUAAGAACUUUGCUUCAGGAUGAGAACAGAAAUCGUGCGGUGGCAGUAGGAGGCCCCAUUAGCUAAAGUGGUACCUCGGGUUAAGAACAGUUUCAGGUUAAGUAUGGACCUCCGGAAUGAAUUAAAUUCUUAACCCAAGGUACCACUGUAGUAUGGAUCCUAAGAAAGGUUGUGGAUGAAAAGUUUCCCAUCACCCCCUCUCCCCAGCAGGAAUCUGCACACUUGAUAAAGCCUCUCCUGAGGGUCGGGACCCUGCCUAAGCUGUGUAAAAUGGUGUCUAAUUUUGGCCUAGAUCCUAAAUUGACUAGUUCACGGAAUGAAAGUUUCCUAGUUGCAUCCCACAUUGUUCAGGAGGGACCCCAACCCUUAGGAGAGGCUUUAGAGGAGGGAUAGUGGGGUUUUAGGAUUAAAGUGAUUUAGUAAGUCAAAAAGUGUCAUGGGGGAAAGUAUCAGCUUUGUUGUCAGUAAAAUAAUUACACUUGAUCAGUGUUGUUCUUCCGCCAUUCACUCAAAUGAUGUGUGUCCUGUUUGCUGACAAUAUUUAAAUACUUUUUAGGCCCGGCUGCAGCAUGCCAGAAAUCUGGGAUAUAGAAGAUACUGCCAAUGCUGGAAAAGUUCCCUUAUGUACCCUCAUGAGCAUGGAUUCCAGGCCAUACUUCAGAACGGUGUUCAACAACAAUAUAUACAAAGUAUUAGAAGUUACCCGGGAAUGACUCUUCAGUGCAACGCAUUUUCUGACAGUAUAUGUAUUUUUUAAACUGGCAACUAAGUAAAAGAGAGCUCUCAAUUCAGAGUCCAUUAAAACCAACAGGACUUUUGACAUUCAUUUUAAUGGAUUGCACCAUUAGACAUAGGCUGCGUUCCAGAGAAUUCUAUGCUCAGGAAGUUCCUUUGUCAGUUGUAGCAACCAAAGCUUUGUGCCUACAUAGGCUCUAUCCCUUUUUCAUAUUUUAAACCGUGUAGCUGCAUAUAGGGCUACUUCAUUGGAUCAGCCUUAAAUGGUGAGUCCAGUUAUAUUUAUUUGGAAAUACAUUCCAUUGAUGUAAAUGAUAACGGCUUCUAAAUAAAUAUGUUCAGAAUUGGAAGCGCUAGGGUGCCAGGAGUACAGUAUACUGCAGGGAAUACUAGACCUUUACAAUGAGGACAUUUUUAAAAUAUUCUCAGUCGUAGACUUGGGUCAGUUCUUUAAAAUUUGCUAUGCAAAUGUUUAUGUGUUCAAACAUUUUUAAAUAAAUACUGAUCCAAAGCAAGUGAGCAAAAAUGGCUGUGGAAAAGUAUGCCAGGUUUCAAAAUCAGUGAAAUUGCAGAGGCAGAUGAUCUUUCCUAGUAUAGUCAGUGCAUCUUUCAACCCGAAAUAGCUAGGAAGGCGCAGCAUUCCAUACACAGUCGCCACAUUAUAUUGCUAACCCCAUUCCCCCAGCAUGCAUCUCAUAUUGCACCUUUUAUGAAUAUGUAUAUUUUUUGUGAAGGAAUUGGAUAGUUUCCACUAUCUCAUUUAUGUGCAAGUGGCUGUUUUUAUGAAAACCGAUGAAAAAUCCCCAGUGUUUUAGGUCAUUUUAGAGCUAGGUAAUAUAUUUUAAGUUUUUGUUCUACAUGGAAAUUAUUCUGAAUAACUUUGAAUUUCAUGUUUUAGAUGGCAAAUGUGCACAAUCCACAAUCUUCAGCCUUCUUUUUAAAGUAGUUGCUAAAAUCAGGCCAAUGAAACUAAUUUUAGUAAGCAGUAUUUUUGCUACCAGCUGUUGAAAUGGUUUAUCACCAAAGUAGACAAAACUUAACAAAUUUUGCACAUAUGAAAUAUUAACAAGGAAAAAGUUUUCAGGGUUUAGAAAAAUCUUUUUAUGCUUUGGCCUUAAUUUAGUAAUAGAACAUAUUUUGCCUACCUUGUAGAAAGAAAGUCUAAAUUGAUAGGAAAUAACAUUCCCUGAGAAACAAAAUGUAACCACUAGAGCAAUGUAAAAUAAAUGGAAAUAAACUCAUUUCAAUUUUUGUGGCUCUUUUAUACAUCUUAGAAUAGUUAAUUUAUGUAAAAGUAAAACUAAUAGUUUGACAAAUAUUAAAUAAACUACAACAGUAUUUUUGCCAUUUUUUAAAAAACUGCCACGUAUUUUGAUUUCUGCUUUUAGUGAGAUUCUGAUGAUGAUGCACAGCUCCACUUCAGGCAGGAAUUCACUUUUUCAUUGGUAGAGCAAGAUUGUCAUAUGCGAGAGGUGGGGGAACACUCUGCCAAAAAGGCAAUAUGAAUUCUGUUUAUGCAACAGCUACUAAAAAACAUUGCAAAUCAUCUAGAUAAGGAAGCAUCUGGAAAACUGUUUCUUCAGCUCUCUGUUGAAUUUUAACUUCUGUACUGCAGGCACAGCUUUGUCUGUGACUUAAAUGUAGUAAAUUCUGCAGCAAGAAGCAUAAUUUAUUACAUAGACUAUUAAAGUGGAUUUCAGGAUAGUGAUAUAAGAGGGAUUAGCCAUAUUUUGGUUGUGUCUCAUAUUGAUUAAAAUGAGGAGAGCUAAAGAAACGGUUUUAAUUGAUUUUUUUAAAAAAACACAACCUCAUUUUGUUUCCUAUUUGUUAAGACAACCACUAAUGAGGAUUGGGCUGUGGAAAAUUAACAUUCAAGAAGAUGUCUUUUGUAAUUAUAUUACAGCACAAAAAUACUGUAUUUUUAUGCAUUUUAUGCCAAUUGUUGAUGUUCGUGGUUAAAAUAAAAGCUUUGUUCAUAUUUGUGCUUCUGUGUAAUAAUUUCUGGAAAACUUUAUUGUUGGAACUUUUGGUCAGCAAGUAUUUAUAAAAUGGCAUCAGUUAGCCUUAAGUUUCUUUUUAAAAGCUGCAAUUCCACCAUUGUUUUUAGGCAUCAAUUUAUAAAUCAAAUAUCCAUAAAUAAAUAUUCAGUACUAUAAGAAUGUUAUUGGGUGUAACCAGACCAUGCCUGCAAGUGUCUUGGAAGGUGACUACCACAUAUUAAACUAAAAGUGACAGGACCCUCGUCGCCUUUUCACCAGAAGUCCCACCUUUUGAUAUGAAGUAGUGUAAAGUUUAUAUUGCCUUUUUUUUAGGGUAUUGCGUUUUGGUACCCCCAAACUGAUGGAAGAGGUUUUGAGUCCCUCUAAAGAAUGGUGUGAUUCCAAGAGCAUCCUGAUAACAGAAAAGUUUGUUUGGGGACCGAUCCUCCCCUUUAUCCCUGAUGCUAAGACAGAUGUUUUGGGUCAGAAUGAAUAUGUUUGGACACAGAAUAAAAAAAAGGUUCUCUGUGGGUUCUUCCAGCUUCAAAAUGACUCAAGCCAUCAGCCAUUUCCUGCCCCUUCUCAAUACUGCUUUUUAUUUCCUCCAAGCCAGCGAGAACAGCCUUACAGUUGGUUUUCUGGCAACAAAGGAGACUGGCUGUGAUAUACUUGGUUUGAUGUGAUGGUAGGGACAGAGUGGGUGGAUUGAGAACAGGGGCAAUGGUGACAUCUUGAAUUAGCAUUCCAUUUGCUGACUUGCUAACCGAUUCAGUUCCACCAUGAAGCUCAGUUUCCCUGCAUCACAGCUAAAGAACACCAUGUGAAUCUCAUAAUGUUCAUGUACCACCAUCCCAACAUUCACUCACCUGAAACUGGCUGUGUUUAAAGUCUGGGGCUGAAGAAAAUGUCAAUCAGUCCAUUAUAUAGUUGUAUCUGAAAUUUCAUGCAUAUCAGUUAAUAUCUUGACGCUGCUCCACUGAAUUGAAAUUUCAGCCUUCAUGACAUAGGAAAACGGCCAAGUAAACAGCUAUUUUCGUGGAGGAGUGUCAAGACAUUACCUGAUACGCAUGAAACUUCAGAUAUAGCUAUAUAAUCCCUAAUGUAGUAAGAUAAGACCUUGUAUACACGGUCUACACUGCUAAGUUGGUGACGCUUGGCUACUGAAGGAAUUUGCAAUACUUGCAGUAUAAUAUCAAAUUAUAGCCAAUCGAGUAUUUAAGGAGGCAAACAUACUGGCGAAGCAUGAUAACCCCUCUGGUGGAAUGCUUGGCACCUGAUCUUCGUAGAGCAAAUACAAAAGAUCUAACUGUUCUUCUGUUAUUCAAUAUGAUUGUAUAGACUUUCCUAAAGAAAUGAUUAAUUUUCCACUGUGGGUUUCCAUUCAGGUGGCCUGUGGUUUGCCUGCAUCAAAUAUUCACAUUGAUUUUUAACUCUCUUUUUUGCCUUUUAUUUCUUGUACUGUAUUUUAGUGCAUUACAAUUUUGAAUUCCAGGGAAACUACAAUUAAAAACCUGUACGGCAUCCAGCACAGUGCAUCACAAUUGCUAUCACAGGUAGGAAGCUCACUAUGAGCUCUCCCAAGACCCCAAGCAAUUCUCAAAUGUUCUGUGGGCAGGGGAGCGGCAGGAGUUGGGGAGCCACUGUUUGCCAGCAAAGUUUUAUUUAUUUAUUUUUUAAUAUAAUAUUUAUUGGUUUUAC